AUGCCUCCAAAGAAGAAAGAAAAAGACAAAAAGAAAAAAGGCGAAGAGGAAGAAGUCGUUGGCUAUGAUGUUAAAAUCAUGGAUAUAUCUGAUUUAAGACAGUAUGCACAUAUGUUGGAGAAGGACAUUGACAACAUGCGAGAAUAUUGCACUUUCUUUCAAAAAACUGAGGACAAACUUGUGGACGUUUACAGGAGGCGGCAAGAAGAACUCAAAGAAAGAGAAGAUUCGAUCUUGGAGAAGAAUAUCGAAUUGGAGAAAAUGAGAGUGGAUGUUCAGCGUAAAAUACAAGAGAAACGUCAGAGGCCUAAAUAUACCGAAUACGCCUGCGAAAAGCGAAUUGAUCUCCAAAAGUCUGAAAUGAAUCAAAAACUUGAAGAGAAUAAUCAUAUGUACCAGAACAAACAAAAUCAGCUCAAGAUGAAGAUGAUGGACAAGGAAAGGGAAUUGGAGGCCGAAACUAAAAAAAUUCAAAUGGCGCGGAAAACAGCCGUGGAAAACAAUAGCAAAAAACUCAAAGAAAUGGACGAAAAUGAAAGAAAUCUCUUGGAAAAAUCAAUAAAGGCCUUCGUAGCCAUGUUGGAGGAAGGCAGCCAAAUAAACCGACUGGCGAUUAAAACAAUCGAGUCAGAAGCACAAGAAGCUAAGCGGAAAGCAGAACAGGAGUUCCGAAAUGCCUGUGGCUCCUAUAAACAGAAGCUACAGGAUUAUUACAAAGAGAUUACUAGACAAGACCUGCAAGCUAUUAAAGAUCUUACAUACAAAGCAAAAAAUUUGGAAACGACUAUUCAGUCCCUUAAGUCCCGACUGCAAGAAGUUCAACAACAGAAUGCAUCUUUGAAAGCAGCCAGUCACCCAAAGAAACCAACCAAGUACAUACCUGGUCAUUCCAGAAUCGACCCGAAGACAAAAUUGGCGAUAAAAUUGCAGAAAGAGAAAAAGAUGGAUGAAUUAAAAAAGGAGAAUAAUCUACUUCAAAAUAAAAUAAAAGCAGUCGAAGACGAGACAGUUAAUCUGCGAAGACACUUCACCCAAGUUCUGUAUAAAGUGCGCCAAAGCGCAGAGAUGAAGACAAGGAUCCUCGAAAGGAAGCUGAAAUCAAUUUCGAAUAAUGAAUCUCUGACUGAUUACGAAUCUUCUUUAUGA